AAUAAUACUUGUGUAUAAUGUGUUAGUGUUAGACCAUUGGAUGGACGGUUUGGAUUGAUGGAUGGACAGCACACAACCAUAGACGCUAAGAAAGUUUUAACAAUUUUGUUUUUGUUGAGUGUUGAGUAAACAUGACACUUUUGCCAGGAACAUUAAUGACAAGCACAGUGAAACAUGUGUCGCACUGCUGCCUGUUGAUCCUGAUAAUAACAACCUUCGAGUACACCUCGGGAGUACUGAGCGUCCUGGACAGCGAAGAAAAACCGAGGAUAGACUCGUGGGAGCGGUACGGAGUGGUGGCGCCUCUGCUGUUCCUACUGAGACUGCUGACGCUUUUGGCGCUCCCGCAGUCGCUGUUCAACUUCCUGGGACUGACGUUGUACAAUGCCUUCCCGGACAAGGUAACGCUGAAGGGUUCGCCCCUUCUGGCGCCGUUCAUCAGCAUCCGGGUGGUCACUCGGGGGGACUAUCCUCACCUGGUCUCGAGGAACGUCACCUGGAACCUGAACAAGUGCCUGGACGUCGGUCUGGAGAACUUCCAGAUCGAGGUGGUGACCGACAAGCCCCUGGGGCUAAAGUCCCACCGGCGACUGAGAGAGCUGGUGGUCCCGACCGAGUACCGGACCAAGACGGGGGCCCUCUUUAAGGCUCGGGCCCUCCAGUACUGCCUUGAGGAGGGGGUAAAUGAGCUGGCCGAGCACGACUGGAUCGUCCACCUCGACGAGGAGACUCUCCUGACUGACAACUCCCUAAGGGGGAUCCUGAACUUUGUCCUGGACGGGAAGCACCCCUUCGGCCAGGGACUGAUCACUUACGCUAACGAGACGGUGGUCAACUGGGUGACGACAAUGGCCGACUGCUUCCGCGUCGCCGACGACAUGGGCAAGCUCCGGUUCCAGUUCAACAUGUUCCACCGGCCGCUCUUCAGCAUGAAAGGCUCCUACGUGGUCACUCAGGCGGGGGCCGAAAGAGAGGUCGGCUUCGACAACGGGAUAGACGGGUCAAUCGCCGAGGACUGUUUCUUCGCAUUAAAGGCCUUCAGUCUCGGGCACUCGUUCAACUUCGUCGAAGGUGAGAUGUGGGAAAAGUCUCCCUUCACUAUCUGGGACUUUAUCCAGCAGCGUAAGCGGUGGAUCCAGGGGAUCUACCUGGUGGUCCACUCUCGGCAGAUUCCCCUGAAGAACAAGCUCCUGUUGGGGGUCAGCUGGUACUCGUGGGCGACCCUCCCACUGUCGACCUCAAACAUUCUCCUGGCGGGUCUCUGCCCUAUCAGCUGUCCGAAAAUCCUCGACGGGCUGUGCGCGUUCAUCGGGGCGAUGAGCAUUUACAUGUACGUCUUCGGGGUGAUAAAGUCCUUCUCCCUGAGCAGGUUCGGGCUCUUCCGGUAUCUGGCGUUCAUAUCCGGAGCCCUCGCAAUCAUUCCCUUCAACCUCGUCACCGAGAACAUCGCAGUCGUCUGGGCGCUGCUCGGAAAGAAACACAAGUUCUACGUCGUCAGCAAGGAACAUCAACCUCCUGUCACUGUUUAAGUUUCUUUUUUUUAUUAUACAUUUUCGGUUUCAAUUGCCUCAAUUAUUAUUAUUAUUUAUUUUUGUAAAUUUUUAAAGGACAAAUAUUGCUAAUUAAGCGAUACAAAUUUUUUACUUUAGAAUUUUCAAUUAAAAAUUCGUUGACAAUCGCGUUUGUAAAUAAAAACUUGGUAUUUACUUAAAAAGGAUCAUACUGUAUAAAAUAAUAAUAAUAAUAAUGAACGCUUUUAUUAUUUAGAAUUUAAGAGUUAACUUAGUGCCAUUAAGUUAUUAACUUUAUAAAAAUAAAUUUCGGUUUAAUUAAAGUCUAGUCAUAGGCG